AUGCACUUCAAUACAGAUCACCUCCAGCUCUGGCUGGGCCUAGGAGUCGUGGCCGGGCUGCUUUAUAUCUGCGGCUUGGUUAUCUACCGUCUUUUCUUCCAUCCCCUGGCCAAGUACCCAGGUCCCUUCCUGGCAAAACUGACCGAUGCUUACAUGCUCUACUACGCCUGGCGCGGCGAUCGUCAUCUCGAGUUCUGGAGAUUACACGAGAAGUACGGCAAGUUUGUGCGCUUCGCGCCAAACGGGCUCUCGAUCAACUCGAACCAGGCGCUCAAGGACAUCUACGGCUUCCGCUCCAAUGUGCGCAAGUCCGAGUUCUACGAUGCCUUCGUGCACCCGGCGCCAAACACCCACAACACGCGAGAUAAGGAACUGCAUGCUCGAAAGCGCCGCGUGCUGUCCCACGCAUUCUCCGAUUCAGCUAUCAAGGAGGUCGAGCGCUACAUUCUCGCCAACAUUCGCACAUUCUGCGAUGCCAUCGGCGACUAUGGCCGCAACCUUGCCGAACGCAAGGGCUGGAGUACGCCCAAGAAUAUGUCUGACUGGUGCAACUGGCUGGCCAUGGAUAUUUUAGGAGACCUCUGCUUCGGCAAGGCCUUCCACAUGCUGGACCGUCCAGACAACCGCUAUGCUAUUGACCUAGUCGGUGUUGCGGCGCAGCGCCAUCUCUUGUGCGGUACUAUGCCCAUUGUCAACAAGCUGAACCUUGACCGCAUCCUCUUCCGCAACAUUGCUGCUGGUCGCGCCCGUUAUAUGGCAUACAGCCGCUCUCAGCUCGCUGAGCGCACGGCCCUGGGCGAUGAGACUGAUCGUCGCGACUUCUUCUACUACCUCUUGACUGCUCGUGACCCUGAAACUGGCCAGGGCUUUACUACCCCUGAACUUUGGGCCGAAUCGAAUCUCCUCAUCAUUGCCGGCAGCGACACAACCUCUACCGCCAUGGCCGCAACCCUCUUCUACCUUACCCGGCAUCCGGACGCCCUCAAGCUCGUCACCCAAGAAAUCCGCUCCAAAUUCACAAACCUUGAAGACAUCCACCAAUCUCCGCAACUCACCUCCUGCACCUACCUGCGCGCCUGUAUCGAUGAAGCCAUGCGCUUGUCCCCCUCCGUCGGCGGCAUCCUCCCGCGCGAGGUCCUCCCAGGCGGCAUCACCAUUGACGGCCAGCGCGUCCCUGCCGGCGUGGUCGUCGGCGUUCCGCACUACACGAUCCACCACAACGCGGCUUACUACCCGGAUCCGUUCAGCUACCGCCCAGAGCGCUGGAUCUCGGGGCAGCUGCCGGAUGGGACACAGUCGCCUUUCACGCAGAACCAGGUCGCCCUGGCACAGAGCGCGUUCUGUCCUUUCUCGAUCGGCCCUCGCGGUUGCAUUGGUAAGGGGUUGGCUUAUGUCGAGAUGACGAAUACCCUGGCUCGUGUGCUGUGGCUGUAUGAUGUGCGUCGGGCUCCUGGGGUGGAAGAUCCUGGUGAAGGUGGAAAGCCGGGCGCGGUGUACGGCCGGCAUCGGAAGGACGAGUUCCAGUUGGUCGAUAUCUUUACGAGUUUGAAGGAUGGGCCAUUGGUAGAGUUUAGGAAGAGGAGUGAUCUGGAGUAG